AAAACGCAUUAAAUCCCCUCUCUUGACUGCUUACCAAAAAUUAUACUCGCAACGUUCGUUCUCCUCUCUUCUACGUUUCUGUUACUGUUGUUUUAUCUAAUUCCUCAGUGCUGAAGCUGUAUCGAGAGUAGAAUGGCGGGGAAAGGUGGAAAGGGGCUCUUGGCAGGGAAGACAAUGGCAGCUGCAGCAGCUAACAAGGACAAGAACAAGAAGCGGCCUAUUUCGCGGUCAGCUCGUGCUGGCCUCCAGUUUCCCGUGGGAAGGAUUCAUCGGCACCUCAAGUCGAGAACCAAUGCCAAUGGAAGAGUUGGAGCAACAGCAGCUGUCUACUCUGCUGCAAUUCUCGAGUAUUUAACUGCUGAAGUGCUUGAGUUGGCUGGAAAUGCCAGCAAAGAUCUUAAAGUGAAGAGGAUAAUGCCUAGGCACUUGCAGCUGGCAAUUCGGGGAGACGAGGAGCUCGACACCCUCAUCAAAGGAACCAUAGCCGGUGGUGGUGUGAUUCCCCACAUUCACAAAUCCCUCAUCAACAAAACCGCCAAGGAAUGA